AUGAGUCUCACUCACGAAUGGUACAAAACCACUAUUAAGAAUUAUGGGUUAGACUUUAUACCUUUCGAAGAAUUUAAAGAAACGAAGAAAAUAGAUAGAGGCGGAUUUGGUGAAAUAUACUCGACAACCUACACACCGACCUCGGAAGUAGUGAUUCUGAAAGAAAUAUUUAUUGGUGAUGAAGAGAAUCAAACUAGCAUUAAGAAUUUUCUUAACGAGUUAAAAUUACACAGUAGUUUAGAACAUGACCAUAUAAUUAAAUUUUACGGAGUAAGUCAAGAUUCGGAAAGUGAAAACAAUAUAUAUCUUAUGAUGGAAUUUGCAAACGAAGGAAAUCUGCGCAAUUAUUUAUUAAAGAAAAAGGAUAACUUAAUGUGGGAGGAAAAAAUCAGACUUGCAAUUCAAUUAGCUGAAGGAAUCUCGUAUCUACAUUAUGAGCAAAAUAUUGCACAUCUUGACUUGGUAACGUAA